AUGGGCCCCACUAUUAGCGGCGACGUCGCCGCAAAUAAACACUCCCCCUCUUCCUCCAUAAUUUCCUUUCUUCUCCAUAUAAUAACUUUUUUUAUUUACAAAAUCCGGCCAUCUAUCCCCUCAUCCUCAUUAUCAAGAAUCCUUUUUACACCACCCACGUUUUCCGGCGUCCCGGAGUCCAUUUUCAGGCGCGGUUUUAGCGGAGACUUUUUUCCGGCGAAUAAGUUUUCCGGCCAACCAGUUUUGCGGGGAACGUUUUUUCCAGUGAUAUACGGCAAACCAGUUUUGGGGAAUUCCGGCGAACUCCGGGGAUCCAGUUUUCCGGUGAACCAGUUUUCAGACGAGAUUAUUGUAGUGGAGGAUACUAAAGAAUACAUAGCACAAGAACCAGAUGAAGAGACCAAGGCACAUGACAGGCAUCCUUUUGAUCUUAUGGUUAUUUUGAACCCAAAACUUAGAAAAAAAAGCAACAAGUCAGCAUUGUUUUUUGAAGGCUGUUUAAGGUGAGUUUACUUGCCCUGUUUUAUCAAUCCUUAAUGGAUGAAUAAAGUUUGUGUUCAAAUUCCCGUAUU